GGCACCCCCCGGCCUCCUCCGCCUCUCCUCGCCCCCCGGGCGGUGCGCGGUGCGGCGGCGAAGUGAAGGAGCGGCGCCUUCUCCGUCCUCAUCCUCUUCCUCCUCCCCGCGACCAUGGGCGACUGCGGAGCCCCCGGGGACGUGAACUCCAACGUGCUGGUGGCCCGCAGCACCGGGGACGCGCAGCUGGACAAGGCGGUGUGGCAGUGGCUGAGCUGGGACAAGAACCAGAAGACGAAGGAGCAGAUUGAGAGCCUGCUGCAGGACGGGAAGCACGGGGAGCUGCGGCAGCGCCUGUGCUGCCGCCUCAGCUUCGGCACGGCCGGGCUGCGCUCGGCCAUGGGGGCAGGCUUCUGCUACAUCAACGACCUCACCGUCAUCCAGUCCACCCAGGGGAUCUACAAGUAUCUGGAGAGGAACUUUUCAGACUUUAAGCAGAGGGGCUUUGUUGUUGGAUAUGACACACGAGGUCAGGUCACCAGCAACUGCAGCAGUAAGAAGCUUGCAAAGCUCACUGCAGCAGUCCUGCUGGCAAAAGAUGUGCUUGUGUACUUCUUCUCCACCUAUGUCCCUACCCCCUUUGUGCCCUACGCCGUGCAGCAGCUCGGGGCCGUGGCCGGGGUCAUGAUCACCGCGUCCCACAACCGCAAGGAGGACAACGGCUACAAGGUGUAUUGGGAAAACGGAGCACAGAUCACCUCUCCUCACGAUAAGGAAAUUAUAAAAUGUAUAGAGGAGUGUGUUGAGCCAUGGAAUGGCUCUUGGAAUGAAAAUCUGGUAGACACCAGUCCCCUCCGACAGGAUCCUCUGAAGAAAAUUUGUGACAGCUACAUGGAGGACCUGACAAAGAUCUGCUAUCAUAGGGAGCUGAACGUGCAGAGCACUUUGAAGUUUGUCCACACGUCUUUCCAUGGAGUUGGCCAUGACUACGUCCAGCUGGCUUUCAAAGCCUUUGGCUUCCAGCCCCCCAUCCCAGUUCCGGAGCAAAAAGAUCCAGACCCAGACUUCUCCACGGUCAAGUGCCCAAACCCUGAAGAAGGAGAAUCUGUGCUGGAGCUGUCACUGAGGCUUGCAGAGAAAGAAGGUGCAAAGGUAGUCGUGGCCACUGAUCCAGAUGCGGAUCGGCUGGCAGUGGCAGAACAGCAGGAAAAUGGCUGCUGGAAGGUGUUCACGGGCAACGAGCUGGCAGCCCUGUUUGGCUGGUGGAUGUUUUCCUGCUGGAAGGAGAACUGCCCCCAGGAUGCCGACGUGAGGAAUGUGUACAUGCUGGCGACCACAGUCUCCUCCAAGAUUUUGAGGGCAAUUGCACUUAAAGAGGGAUUUCACUUUGAGGAAACACUCCCUGGUUUUAAAUGGAUUGGAAGCAGAGUAAAAAAUCUCCUAGACAAUGGAAAAGAAGUUCUCUUUGCCUUUGAGGAGUCUAUUGGCUUCAUGUGUGGCACAUCAGUGCUGGAUAAGGAUGGUGUGAGUGCAGCUGUGGUCAUUGCUGAAAUGGCAACUUACCUGCAGGGCCAGGGCCUGACCCUGGCACAGAAACUCGUUGACAUUUAUGAGAUGUAUGGCUAUCACAUAUCCAAGACUUCCUAUUUCCUGUGCUACGACCCUCCCACUAUCAAAAGGAUAUUUGAGAGGCUGCGGAACUUCGAUGGCCCCCAGUCCUACCCCAAGUGCUGUGGCCUUUACAGCAUCCUGCACGUCCGAGACGUCACCACGGGCUACGACAGCAGCCAGCUGAACAAGGAGUCAGUGCUGCCAGUGAGCAAGAGCAGCCAGAUGAUCACGUUCACCUUCCAGAACGGCUGCGUGGCCACGCUGCGCACGAGCGGCACCGAGCCCAAGAUCAAGUACUACGCCGAGAUGUGCGCGCUGCCCGGGCACAGUGACAGAAGCGUGCUGGAAGAAGAGCUCCAGAAGCUGAUUGAGGCUCUGAUUGGGAAUUUCCUGGAGCCUGCCAAGAACGGGCUGACCUGGCGCUCUGUGUAGAGCCCGCUGCCGGGGGAGGCACGGCUGGAACAAAGGACCCAGGAGCAGAACAGCUCAUCUCUGUGUGUGUGUGUGUUUUAAACAGCUGCAAUCUUUUUCUGUAAAGGAGAAGCGUUCUUUUGUCAGGCUCUUCACCAGAUUGGGGUAAGGAGAGGAGGUCAGAGGAAAGGGUAGGAUUUAUUGUUGCAGUUUUCAGUCCUUUUGACCAAAAGUUUAACUAACCCACACCAAUGCAAGUGAACUGCCCUGGUACCUUUGAGGCAGCUGAGCUUAGCUGCUACAUCUUGUCCUAAACUCAGUUCAGGUACCUAAAACACUUCUUUUUUUUGGUGUGUGGAAAGGUUUUAAAGUUUUAAAGGAGUGAUCACUCCAAACUGAUAACAAAGGCUGCUUCUUCCCCGCAGCUGAGACCUUCCAUGCAGGUCUGCACUUCCAAAAGCAUCAAAGCAGAGCUCAGCAUUUCUUCUUUAGGCAAAUCGUUAACAUUUUCCAGCUACUUAAGAAUUCUUCUGUUGGUAAAGGUGUUCUUGGGCAUUGUAGCUUUCCUGUGUGUGUCUUAAAAUAAUUGGCAGUGAAACAAUAGUGGCAACAGCUGCAGCUUGGGGUUGGAAUUGCCUGGUGCCUUUCCAAGGCUUCCAAAGGAGCAGGAACUUGGUCAUUCCUUGGUACAAUUGCCCCUUCUGACUACCACAGGCUCUGUGGCUACUUUUUGUCCCACAUCUCUGAAGGGUCUUGAGCGUUCUUGAUUUUCUGUGUUCAUUAUUUUGGAUGAAAAUGCCAGUCAGCGACUUCUUGGUUUUUGCUGGCCUGUAUUUAUAUUGUCUGUGUAUUAAAAAAUACAAAACCAAGGAAGAAAGUGGAGAUGAGACUGACACAGUUACUAAAUUGUGUUUUUUUUUUUUUUAUUUUUUUUUUUUUAAUUUUGUCAUGCCCUGUCAGGUAAUUUUGCAAAUACUAUUAUUCCUUAUCUUUAAGGGCAAAUUUUUAACAGCUUCUUUCAUUUGUUUUCUCCCUUUGCUCAAGUAGCAAGUGGGACUUGUAAUGACAUUUUCCAAAAAAAAAAAACCCACCCAAACCAAUACUCAAGUUCUCCUUGUGGUUAUAUUGGAUUUUGGGCAAUAAAGGCCAUGUUUUGGCACAGGAGAGCUGGCUCUGGAAGCUCCCUGCUGCCACUGGCAGCAAGUGCAGAGAAGCAGCAGCAAUUCAGUGCAGGGUUUUGUCUGUGUCGGAGAUGGUGGGAGAAGGACCCAAGGUGCCCUGGAGUUCAAGCUGUUCUUUUGCCACUAUUGUUGCCUCUCCAAAUUCUUCCUCCCUCCGAUGAUGCCCUCGCAGCUGGAUGCCACAGGAUGGCACAGGGUGGGUUUGUGUGUUGCCUCUCCAUGGCUUCAGAGAGCCCUGAGCUUUGGGGGUUUCCUGCUGCCAGCAGCUUUGCACUAUAUCCAUGGAGAAAUAUUUCAGUGUCUGUGAGUGUACGUGUGCUAGAGAAGGUCUGUGUUGCACAAGUUCUGACCUGUCACUGCUAUUUAUUUAUUUUUUUUUUAUUUUAAGAGAAAGUAGCUCCAAAUUGUUCUGCCCGUGAGUGAAAUGUAUCUAAUGCCAAAAGCUUGUUUUUUUUUUGUUUUUUUUUUUUUUUUACCUUGAUUGAACAUUUGACUGACAUGGUGGGGAAAACAGGCAAACCCAGAUACACUCGGAGGAUGCUUGUGUUGUUGUCUGUGCUGGGUAGGGCUGGGAAGGCAUUUCUGACUGCUGCUUUGCCUUCAGCUCUCCCAAAAAAGGGUGCAGAUCUGGAUCCCCACUGCACUGAACUUGAAGGAGCUCUUGCUGUUCCUUGCAUUGGCAGCAGAGCAAACCCUGAGGCGCUGAGGAUUUUGUUCUCCAAGCAGUGAAGAGAACAAGUGACUUGGGACAUAAUUUUGAACAAACACUGUAAAAAGCAUAGAGUGUGUGUGUGGUGAGCCCAGCUGUGUGUUAUUGUAGCAGUCACGUCUUGUGAGUGAUGGUUGUGCUCCCACCGAGAGCAGGAAUCCGCAGCUUCCCAGAGAUCUGCUUUGUGUCAGUGGGCAAGUGCUGGAAGUGGAGACAAUGUUUUCAAAGAAGCCUUGUUGGAAGCUGGUAACUGUUCACAGUCGAACUGUCCCUAAUUGAAGAAGAAAACGCAGCUGUGGGGUGUUCUGUGUCUGGGGUUUUCCCCAUGGCUAGGUCUGACAGGGAGCUGUAGCUGUAGAGAUGCUUUUGGGAGGACGGCAGCAGGCACAACGUGUUGAAUGUACUUUCAGGGUAUAAUGACUCUUUGCUGUUUUGAAACUGCUGCUACUGUUGUUUUCCUACUGUAUUGGAACUGUUUGAUAUAUUUAUACUGUUCCGUUUGUGGAACUCCUUUAUCUCCUCCCUCUGGUCUCGCAUCCCUUACUUCUGUUACUGUGAAGGACUGGAAUUCUCGUUUCCUUGCCCUGUAACUUUGUAAUGCAUCGUGUUAGAGUUCACUUGGUUUGUGCACAACCUUCCUUGAGUCGUCAGCUGCUCUUUCCCACUCCUCAGAUAAGAACAAAGGCUUUUCUGACUUGAGUAGAAAGCAGGUCACAGAUCAAAGGGUGCUGUGGAUGUUGUUUCUGAGGUGCUUCCAGGUGAAACACAGCUUUUCAAAGGCUGGGCAGUGGCUGAAGCUGUGGUCAUACAGCCGGGGUGUUGGGUUCAGUGUUUGAUAAAAUCCAGAGGGCUUGGGUUUGUCCCCUGGCUGUGACAGGUUUAACCCCUGUGGUGAAGUCCUGUGUCCCUGGGCUUGGGACAGGAGUGCAGGGCUUUGCCAGGCAGGGCUGGCUGUGAGGCAGAGCUUGCAGCUGGGUUUCUUACAGAGGUUGUGAUAGCGCAUCCAGGGUGUGGAUUCCACACGUGCAAGCGCUGUCCACGUCCGUUCCAGCCCCUCUGAGGGUGUGUGAGGGAAUUGUGAACGCUGGUGUGGCACAGGAGCAGGGAGUAUGUGUGACAGGGAGGGCUGGGCUGCACUUGUGACAGGGAGGAGCAGGGUAGCCCCCACUCUGCUCCCGUUUCCUUGCAGGACGUGUUUGUGUGGAAGCCAGGAGAGGAGCCGUGGGUUCUGCCACUGGGGCAGGGUGGGAUCUGUGCACUGCCUCAGGAAGCACCUGGAUUCUCUCUUAAUUCUAAAACUGAUACUGUUAUCACUUUGUUUUGUCUUCUCUCCCCCUUUUUGUCCUCUCCCCACUAAGAGGGGGCUCCUUGCAUGGUGACACCUGGGUGGUUACAGUCCAGCUUGGUUCCCUCCACUCAAGAAUGGCUUUGUACAGGUGACUGAAGUAUCUCAAGUUGCAUCAUUCCCCUUGCCUGGAAUCUUGGGGAGUUCUGGAUCUGUACUCCUGUUUACCUGAUGUCUGGUCUGUAAAACUAGGGCAUAUUACAAAUACAGAGUGAGAAUUUGCACUUUUCUGAAGACUUUCUGUGUACUGCUAUGUGGAUUUAGCUGAAUGAAGUGUUAUAAGUAAUAAAAUAUUCCCUUCGUAGUCUCAA